AUGUCCUUCCUCACUGGAGCUAUCCGCACUGCCGCCGUCAGCACCUCGGCUCGUGCUGUCCUCCUCGGUCGUGUCGCCCCUGUUGCCGUCGCUCAGCAGGUUCGUGGCUACGCCGCGCAUCACGAGGAAGAGUCGUUCGACGCCUUCAACACGCGCUACGUUGGAUUUUUCGAUGCUGUUGAGGACCUCUUUGAGCUGCAGCGUGGAUUGAACAACUGCUUUGCUUACGACUUGGUUCCUUCGCCAGAGGUCAUCGAGUCGGCUCUGCGUGCCAGCCGACGUGUCAACGACUACUCAACCGCCGUCCGCAUUUUCGAAGGUAUCAAGCAGAAGGUUGAGAACGAGGGUCAAUACAAGCAGUACGUCGAUGCUCUCAAAGGCGUCCGUGAGGAGUUGGGCAUCCAGCUCAAGGAGGAGUUGUACUCUGCAUAA